CUCUCCUCCUCCUCUCUAUCUCCGUCUCCUUCUCUCUCAUGUGUAUCUCCAGCUACUCUCUUUCUUAAUCUGCCAUGUACGAAUCCUACCGCCCCCAUCCCCUGCUGGCCCAGGUCGCUCUGACCGUCUCCCCCUUUAUCAACCUCCCCACUUCCGUCACUCUCCCCUACACCUACAAAUCCGUCCCCUCGACCCUCCCCCCUUCUGUAACCGUCGACCCCAGUAACCCCGACGCCAAACCUCGCUACAUUGUCUCGCCCAGUGGGGAGCAUGCCGCCUCCCCGGAGGAGAUCCUCGCCGCCUGCAACUCCCUUGAGCAGCACCUGAACAAGACCCGCAGCGACGCCGAGAAGGCGAUCCGGGACUGGGAGGACUCGAUCACCCAGCGAGACCUAGCAGAGAAGAGGCGUGUGGCUCCAGGAUGGUUGGACAGAGAUGAGAAAAUACUCCAACCCCUUCAGCCAAGUAAUGCGACGUCGGCCCAUCGAGCACAUGGUCAACCCCAACCGAGUCUCCUCGACAGCUCAUUCUCCGACCCCAGCGCUGCCGCAUUGCCCUCGAUGGUACCGCGAGACGAGGGCGAGGAGCUGGAUCGAGCAUUUGGCGGUCUGGAUGUGAAAUGAGUGGCUACAUAACUGGAAUAUAACACCAUCGGGAUGCUAUGGGAGCACCUGGAAUUGAUCCAUACACGGGACACCGCAGAUGCCAUGACCCCUUACCUGGGGUAGCACACCCUCUCGGGCUCUCCAGGCUGCGGCAAUUCUAAGCUUGCGCACCGCAUCCUGCAAGAGAUCGCAGGGGCAGCUUUGCAUCCGGACCAGCUGGGCGGCAGACCGCAGUAGUCCACCGCGCCAGGCGAGGGAUAGCCAUGUUUGGUACCACCUGAACGAGCAGACCAGGAUACCCAAUUGAACCUAGAAGUCUAGACAUCAAUCAAGUAACACUGCC